CAGCGGCCACCGCGCUGCGACUCGGGAGCAGCGCGGCGGGCAGGAGGCCUCCCGGCCGCGGGGCUCCGGGGAGCGGGGGCCUCGGGGCCCCUGGGCGUGCCCUGGCGCGUCGGCGGCGGGCGGCGGUGGGGCCCCGCUCCCCGGCCCCGCGGCCCUCGCGGCGCCAUGGGGCCGCUGCUGUGGCUGCUGUUGGUGCCGCUGGGCGCGGGCUCCGCGGCGUACGAGGUGUACGUGGAUGCCCGGAGAGCCGAGCGGCCCCUGCAGCACUUUUGGAGGAGUACUGGCUUCUGCCCUCCUUCACCUCACAGCCAUGCUGACCUGUUUGACCUGAGCAAAGACCAAGAGCUGAACCUUGCCUACAUUUCUUCUGUUCCACAUGGCGGCAUUGAACAAGUUCGGAUUCACUGGUUACUGGAAUUAGUUGCUCUUAGGGUGGUGAAUGGCAAAAUUAACUACGAUUUUACUGCCUUGGAUAACCUUAUGGAUCGGCUGUGGGAAAAUAAGCUGAUUCCAGGAUUUGAAUUGAUGGGAAAUCCAUCAGGAUAUUUUUUAGAUUUUGAAGAUAAAGAACAUGUAGUGCAGUGGAGAAACUUAAUUACUGUUCUGGCAAGGAGAUACAUAGAUAGGUAUGGAUUGGAGCAUGUUGCUAAAUGGAAUUUUGAGACGUGGAAUGAACCAGACCACCAUGACUUUGACAAUGUAUCUAUGACAGUAAAAGGGUUUCUCAACUAUUAUGAUGCUUGUUCAGAAGGAUUAAGAGCAGCCAGUCCUUUUCUAAAAUUUGGAGGGCCUGGGGAUUCCUUCCAUCCCUUACCCAAGUCACCCAUCUGCUGGAGUCUUCUGAGUCAUUGCUACAAUGGGACCAACUUCUUCACAGGGGAGACUGGUGUAAGGCUGGAUUACAUCUCUCUCCAUAAGAAGGGUGAUGGGAAUUCUCUCUACAUCUUGCAACAAGAAGUAGAAGCAGUUCAACAAAUUCAGAAGCUGUUUCCAAGUUUUUCUUCUGUUGCCAUAUAUAACGAUGAAGCAGAUCCAAUGGUAGGAUGGUCCAUUCCACAGCUUUGGCGAGCUGAUGUGACCUAUGCAGCUAUGGUUGUAAAGGUAAUCAUCCAGCACCAAAACCUGCUCAUCUCCAAAGCCAACAGCACCAUCAACUACUCAUUGCUGAGUAAUGACAAUGCCUUCUUGAGCUACUACCCCCAUUACUUCACCCAGCGGACUCUGACAGCACGUUUUCAGAUGAACAACACAAAGCCACCUCACGUCCAGAUGGUGCGGAAACCAGUGCUGACUGCCAUGGGCUUGCUAGCACUGCUAGGAGAAAAGCAGAUUUUUGCUGAAGUGAAGAUCGGUGGAGAUGAAAGUGCUCAAAAUAGCACAGUUGGUGUGCUGGCAUCUGUGCACACCCCAAGUGAGACACAGCCCUCAGACAGCUGGCAAGCUACAGUACUGAUGUAUUCAAGUGAGGAUAACAGGACUUCAUCCAACAUCAGCACUGUCAUAGUGAAUGCCACCCACUUCCCUAAACAAAGAGAGAUGGUGUAUGUGACAUAUUACAUGGAUAACAACCAAACCAAUCCCUAUCUGAAGUGGAAGAACCUAGGAAGCCCUGACUUUCCUUGUCCAGAACAGUUCCAGCAAAUAAGGAAUGCCGAGGACCCACUGGUAACAGGUCCAUUCCCAUUUCCUGAAGCUGGCAUCCUGACACUGAAGCAAGACUUUCCUGUUCCCUCAGUCUUUCUUAUCCACAUCUGUGCAAGACCCAGAUCAGCUCCUGAUCAAGUGACUGGUGUUCGUUUGAUCCCUCUCACAAAGGGGCAGGUCAUUGUGCUGUGGGAUGACAGCUGUGUUAAGUCAAAGUGUAUAAAGACAUUUGAAGUGGAAUUCUCACCAGAUGGAAAAGUGUACCAGCGGAUUAAUGCCAAAGACACAAUAUUCACUCUCUGGGUUUACAGUCCAGGAAGCUCAGUCUCCGGCUUUUACAGAGUGCGUGCCAUUGACUACUGGGGGAAGGCAGGCCUGUCCUCUCUUCCUGUGGGGUACAUUGAAGCUUUCAAGUGACGCUGAAGAGUGGUGCCUGGCUUGGUGUCAGAGUGGUGUAUGUUCCUUGCAAAUGACAACUCCCCAGAAAAAUAAACUCCUCCCAGGCUGAGGAGGGCGUAUGGAAAUGACCUGAUGAAGUUAGGAACACAAGUUAGAAGCAACUACCCCUGUUAACUCUUCACAGUACAAAAGACAGCAUUAUCAAACAACUACAGCUGCCAACACAACUGGUAAGAGGGUGCCAUAGGACAGGGAUUCAGCCUGGUUACUAGGAAUUAUGGGAAUACAUAUUUAUUAUUCCCCUUUUUCCACUGAGCUAAUGGCCAGGGCAAGUGAAGAUUUGUAGAGGUCACAAACUGCAGCAGGAACAGAACCAUUGCUUCACUGUGUGGGUAAGGAUGGUAGCAAAGGCAUGUGGAAGACCUGUCUGAGAGUGAACUGGUUGCCUUAGCUGCCAGCCUGUCUUGACCUAACAGUUUGAUGAAAAAGUGCACAGCAACAAGACACAUUCAGAGCAUGAAGUAAAGGAUCCCUUAGUUCCUUUGGCUGGUUAGUCGCAGAGGGUUAUUUCAGAAAACUUGCCAUGUCUUCAGGUGUAUGACGUUUUUCACUCUCUCACAGAGGGGUUCCCACCCAGCUCUCUCAGUAUUUGUGACCGUUACAUGGAUGCCAGAGCUGUUUCCCAUAGGCAGAGGCAGGAAUAUCAGCUCAUUCUCAGAGGGAAGAAGGCACAGAAAGACCUAGCCUCCAGACUUCCCUGCCUUUUUUCUUUUGUGCUUUUGCCCAAGUCACCUGUUUGCACUUUGGCCAUCAGCUGCUGCCUGUUUGUGGUAGAGGCUCUAACUCUCAAAGUCCCUUUUUCUCACCUAGCCUGGUGUCCUUCAGUCCUUACAGCUAACACCUCCCCUCACAGACUGUAACUGGUCACUCAGCUCUGCAUGUCCAGGAGAAAAGUGAAACACUAGUUAUAGCCUUUUGUGUCUUCAUAUGACAGGACAGCACACUCUUGAAUGUAGCAGGGCUACUACUUAGGACACUUAGGAAAUUAACAAAGAACAGUUUGAGCUCCUGGGCUUUGCAAAGCAUGUGCACAAGCAUGUAAUAGCCCUAGGUCACGAGCUACAGAUCACCACUGGCUGUGCUUGCAGGUGCCAAACACUUAAUGUAAACAGCAAAAUUCCCUGAAAUUGCAGGGGUGCUGCUUUAUUCUUCUCUUUUCACAACUGGCACAGUUUGAGCUGUGCCUUUAACAGGCUUGCAGAGAGAAGGAUAACGCCAGUGAAAACAGCUGGAGUGUUUUCCAUAAGAGGAGUGACUUUGUCACACAAACAAAUCCCCUACUGCUCUCUUUGCUGACAUCAGCCACCUCACCAACAUAACAACAAAAACUGCAUAUUUGAUGAAACAUUCAGGUCUCAGAAAAAAAGAAGUGCCCAAGUUUGCACAGUAGGAGAGAGCUGAACUACCUCAAAUACCCUCAACUCUUACAGCACAGAAAAGAAACAUAUGCAAAAACUCAGUGAAAUGUGGCCUUAUAUCUCCUUACUUGCUGAUUACUUGUUCAAGUGCUUUUACUGAAAAUUAGCCUUAAAAGAUUUAUUCUGUCACAGAAUUCAGAUGAAAUAUUUCUUGCCUCAUUAGAGUUUUAAUAAGGGGCACUUGUCACAUCCUGGUCCUCCAAUUCCUUGUCCAUACAGGCAGAACAGAAAAGGUUCAUGGGUUCUACUGAAUUGAAAACCCUCUCAAUUUAAAAAAAGUUACUGAGACAUUCUGUUGCAUGGAGAUAGUAAAAAUACAUUUUAAACUAGUGAUAAUUGCCCCUGAGUGAAGAACCAGUUUACACAGUUAAGUAAAAUCUAGCAGUUAACACAUGUUGUUUUGCUAGUAUGAGGUGGAACUACAAAUAAAAUGAUUUAGAGAAAUACUGAGUAUAGGGUCUUGAGAGAUUUUAGUGUGUCUGGAGCAGGGGAGGAUGUAGGAGCUUGAGUGGACAGUUUAGUGUGUUCAGAUAUCCUACCUGAGUAGCCUUUCUGCUUUAAAAUUUUCCCACCCUGGCAAUCAGAAUAUAGCAGUCUUUAUCAAACCAAGGACUAUGUACUAGUUACAGGUGUAUUAAAAAAAAAAAAAAAAGGAAAAAAAACCUAGAAGAAACAUAGCUGUAGUGAAUAGUAUUGAUUUUGUUAUGCAGGGAUGAAAAUAUAGAUGUGCAAACCAUGAAAAAUAGAAGAUUUCUUCUGAAAAUCUUCUUUGCUGCUAUGAUAUAAACUCAUUCCUUUAAAAAAUGAGCAUGUGUUAACAAGUACAGAGAGAAGAGAAGUUGGUAUUUCCAGGUAUGAGUUUAUUUCUAACAAAUUAUAAAAGUUUUUGAAAUGGCGUUUUCUUUUUUUCAUCAUUUAAUGUCUACAGAAAAACGCUAUUUAGUACUUGAAACUUAAGAUUUCUGUAACCAUCUGUUGCUGACUCUGAUAGUGUUUCCAAAAUUGCAUGUUUAACUAAUCUUCUCUGUUACAUGUAGUGAUCAGCCAUUACAGUUUGAGUUUUCAGAAGUGCCAAGUAUCCAUAGCACCAGGUGUGAAUAGCAGGUGCUUAGUAGUUCUGUAGUAUCAUAACCAAAGCAAGGCUGCAGAGCGCUCAUGUAUGUCUUUUGCUAUUCAUUAAUCCAAAUAAGAAUAUGUAACUGCAACUGCAACAUGGGAUUAUUUGCCUGCGCUUCAAACAAAAGCUUGUGAGGCUCUAUAACCAUUUUGCAACUGAAAGAACCUUUCAACUGAGUAUUUUACAUUGUCUAAUCGUGUAUAUGCUACAUUUGUUACCAUCUUUUGUGAGAGCAAAUAAAACUGGUUAUUAAUCUUUCACAUGAA